ACUGUUUUAUAUUUUUAAAGGAUUCAAAAUGAAUAUUGCAAAAAUUCUUUUUUUAGUUAGCUUUUUGUUAAGUUUUUCACAAAUGGUUAAACAUUGUGACGCAAAAGUUGUACCACUUGCACCUUACGAUACUCCUUUGGAAGAUGUCAUACACAGUUGUAGAAAAAAUUGCAUUUCUCAGAUAUUGGGAGAUUUUAAGUGGAGCGGACAAUUAAUGACUUAUUUCCAGUGUCGAGGAAAACCAGACUGUUUCAUGUGCUGGGAUUACUGCCGAGCUGUCAAUGUGGCUAGAGUGGAUCUUGCUAAAUCAAUGUGCAACGAUAGUCAAUAUUGUUCAAAAGGUUGCAAUAUUGCGUGCAGUUUUUAUCAAAUCAAUACAAUUUAUGAUGUAAUGGAGAACAUGACAUAAUUCCAGAAAUAUCUUAUCAA